AUGGAUCCUAGCAACCCUUACCAUUUUUGGGAUCAAAAUUUUGUUGAUCUUAUGAAUUCUCAAGAAAACUCCAACCGUUCCGCUAAUACUAUUCCUCCAUAUUCCACCCAAUCCUCUCAGACUAUUCAGUUUAGUAACCCAUUCUCUUCUCAGCCAUUAAACAUUAGCCAUCCAUUCUCUUCACAGCCUCUUAACCAGACUCCCACAUCUGAAUCUGAAGACUGUUUGGACGUUACGGCAGAUGAAAGUGAUGAAGAAGGAGGCAGAGGUAUUAGGAAGCGAUGGAGUGCAGAAGAGGAUGUCCAUCUAAUAAGUGCCUGGUUAAACACAAGCAAAGAUCCAGUGGUGAGCAACGAGCAGAGGAAAAAUAGUUUCUGGAAUAGGGUUGCAGACUAUUACAAAGCUCAUAUUGGAGGAACCAGUUCAAACAAAAGAGGGACUACACAAUGUAAGGCAAGGUGGAGUAAGAUAAACCACAAAGUCAACAAGUUUGUUGGGUGUUACGCACAAGCGAGUACAAGAAGGAGAAGUGGAGAAUCAGAAGAUGAUGUUUUGAGAAUGGCGUAUGAGUUUUACAAAAAUGACAUGAGGAAGCCGUUUCUGCUAGGACAUUUCUGGAGAGAACUGAAGAAUGAUCAGAAAUGGAUCACAGAACGCCAUGAAGAAUGUGGCAAUAAGCGGACUAAGCUUGCUUCUGAAGGAGAAUUCGCAGCUACUUCGAGCAACGGUGGAGAUUAG